AUGGCUGUCCUACAAGUUGACAAGAAAAUGCUUGGUGAACUUGAAGCCAUGGGAUUCCCAACUGCUCGUUCAGUUAGGGCACUCCAUUUUUCAGGUAAUGCCAAUCUUGAAUCUGCUGUAAACUGGCUUCUGGAACAUGAAAGUGACCCAGACAUUGAUCAGCUACCAUUGGUUCUAAGAGAGAUAAGCAUUGAAUGUGGUGACACAUCAAACGAAGUAAGAAAUGGCGUUCAAGAAACGAGGGAUACUGUAGAGGAGCAGAAACCUGAAGAACAGACUGAAACCGGAAGACAGAAUGAGACAUCCCAGUUGGAACGAGAACCAAAUGCAGAUGAACAGGAGGAACAAGAUACAAAGAGGAUAUUAGCACUAUACAAGCAAAAACGAGACGAGGAAGGAAGAGCAAGGGGGCGAAUACGAAAUCAAUUACAAGAGGAUCAGAGGGAGAGGAUUCGAGCUGCUAAAGAUCUUAUGGAAGCAAAGAGAACUCUUGAGGAAAAUCAAAGAAAACGGAUGAUGGAAAGUCGGAUAGCAGAUCAAGAGGAGGAGAAAAGAGCAAGAGAGAGAAUACGACAGCGUAUAGCAGAUGAUAAGGCAGAAAGAAGGAGACAGCUUGGUUUACCGCAGGAAAAUCCUAGUGCUUCAGCUGCAGUCAUAACGCCCACAAAGGUGAAACCUGUCGAACGUGUCAUCAAAUCAGAACAACUGAGAGACUGCCUGCGAACUCUGAAGAAGAAUCACAAGGAUGACCCUGCUGCAGUCGCAAGAGCCUACCAAAUAUUGCUCAAGAUUGUUGCCAACAUAGUGAAGAACCCAGAAGAGGAAAAGUUCAGGAGGAUCCGGCUCAGCAACCCUGUUUUCAAGGACAGGGUGGGCAGCCUGCAAGGUGGCGUCGAGUUCCUGGAGCUGUGCGGGUUCCAGAGGCUCAGCGCCAUGGGCUACCUGGUGAUGCCGAGGGACAAGGUCGACAUGGCGCUCCUCAACGCCGCCGGGGUCGAGAUCGCGUCGCCAUGGAGAACCACUGGAGAACCCCGCUACUUCGGGCUGCUUUCCAAGCCCAUGAACGGAACAGCCAUCAUCGCUGCUUCGUCUGCUUUCCGGCUUGACGUCCCUGUCGCCGGUGACGUUGUACAGAGCCCAUGA